AAGAUCCGCAAUACGUGCGCGGUAGCGCUGGAGGAUAGCUACGAGCUGCUUUGGGUGGACGCAUGUUGCAUCGACCAGCAAAGCAGCGCCGAGCUGACCGAAGCGAUCAACUCCAUGUUCGAGUGGUACCGCCGCGCGGACGUGUGCUACGUGUAUCUCCAGGACGUGGACGACGACAACGACGUCCAGGAGUCCGACUCGCAGUUCCGCGCAUCGCGCUGGCACCGCCGAGGAUGGACGCUCCAGGAGCUCAUCGCGCCCCGUUCUAUCGUCUUCCUCUCGCGUGGCUGGGUUGUCCUAGGCAUGAAGUCGAACUUCGCCCGCCUACUCGAGCAAGUGACAGGCGUAAACUAUGAGGUGCUUACCCACAAGGCUUCGCUCAGUACCGUCAGCGUCGCGCGCCGGAUGUGGUGGGCUUCCGGGCGGGAGACGACCAGGGUGGAGGACGAGGCGUAUUCACUCAUGGGAAUCUUCGGCGUGCACAUGGCGCCGAUCUACGGGGAAGGUCGGAACGCGUUCAUUCGGUUGCAAGAGGAAAGCUUGAAGGUUAUCCCUGACCAAAGCAUCUUUGCCUGGGGACGCAGGUACCCACCU